GUUCUCUCUAAUGGUGAACACGUUUCUGGACCGGCUCUGGGUUUGAAUCUGAUUUAUGCUCUGCUCCGGAAACACCACACUGAAGUGAGAGCAGCUACCAAGCCAGUUCUUUUUCCUCAGAAGACUGGGGUCUGACUGGACAUGGCCCAGUACCAUCUGUGGAUCUGCUUCCUUUGCCUGCAAACCUGGUCUGGAGCAGCAGGAAAAGAUGCAGACUCGAUGGUAGUGAAUGGGAUUCUUGGGGAGUCAGUUACUUUCCCCUUAAGUAUUCAAGAUCCACAGAAAAUUACUAACAUUGCCUGGACGUCUCAAUCAUCUGUUGCUUUUAUAAAACCAGGAGUCAAUGGAACUGAACUUACUGUAACCCAGGUCAUUAUUAAAGGACGACUAGAAGUCAUAGAUCAGAACUAUGACCUGGUCAUUAGGGACCUGAGGAUGGAAGAUGCAGGAACUUACAAAGCAGAUAUCAAUGAAGAGAAUCCUGAGAAAACCGUCACCAAGAUCUACCACCUUCAUAUCUACCGUCGGCUUAAAAAACCAAAAAUUACACAGAGUUUGAGACCAUCUUUGAACAAUACCUGUAAUGUCACACUGACAUGCUCUGUGGAAAAGGAAGAAAAGGAUGUGGCAUAUAGCUGGAGUUCCUCUGGAGAGAAAAGCAAUGUCCUUCAAAUCGUCCACUCCCCCAUGGACCAAAAACUGACUUACACAUGUACAGCCCAGAACCCUAUCAGCAACAGCUCUGACUCUGUCACUGUCCAGCAGCCAUGUACAGACACACCAAGCUUCCAUCCUCACCAUACUGUGUUGACAGGGGGACUGGCCAAGCUCUCCCUGCUUAUUCUCAUUCCGGUGUUGGCACUUCUGUUCUAUUUGUACAAGAGAAGGCAAGCAGAUGAUGUCUCAAAGAAAUCAGUAUACUGUGAACUUUUAAGAAAUGAUCGUCUCACAGAGUCCAGAAUCUAUGAUGAACUCACUCAGUCCAAGGCUUAGAAGUACCUCAGGGCUUCCAAAUGAAGUUGCUAAGCAGAGGUAAAGGACUCAUCAAAAGAAAUGGCCUUUCUACUUCAUAUGUCCUCAAGCACAAGAGAUAUCUAAGACAUCACCCUGUGCCAUUUUCCUGACACUCCUUAUACUGGAAUUCCCUAGCUGUACCUUUCAGCUAACAUGUCUUCAUAUUCCCUACUCUUACACAGAUGGGGGAAACCAACAUGAAGGACAAAAGACCUCCCAAGACUUUGGGUAGUAAAAUUGUGUAGGUAAACAGGCAGUGUCCUCACUCCGGAAACUGAGUCACACUCACAGUGAGGGGAGGUGUCCUGAAACCUAGGUAUUCUCUGGCUACCCCCUUACCAGAACCUUGCUUAUCAUCACAUUCACCAGGAGACCUUCUGUUGCUGGACAUUCCUUGUACCCAUGUGGGCUUAUGAACACUCCCUAACUCAUCAAAUCCUUUUGAAAACUGCCUCCAGUAGGAUCUGGGUGACAAGUUCCACAGACUGAGGUGAUCUACCUCAAAAGGGGGAGGCCUCUUGGAACCAUUGUGGAACUCUUUGCCGGAGAAAAAAUA